GCUGCAUUCUGAUUCAGAUCUUACGCCCCGGCGCGCUGAGCCGGCCUGGCCUCAGUUUCCCCACUUCUAAAGAGAAGGGGCCAUGCUGCCCUGUUUCUUGUUCCUCUCCAAGCACAUCAGCACUUCGUUGGUGUCCCUGCGCAGGGCGCGCCACGGCUUCGCGCUCCCGCCGCGCUGGGUCCCCAGGCGGCCCUGGGGCUCCCCGCCCGCCGGCCCCGGCCACCUGCUGGCCGCAGCCGCCUCCUCGCGGGGACCAGCAGGGCCAGCCGGCGCCCCCUCCAGGGUGCGCCAGAACUUCCACCCGGACUCAGAGGCCGCCAUCAACCGCCAGAUCAACCUGGAGCUCUGUGCGUCCUACGUGUACUUGUCUAUGGCCUAUUACUUCUCCCGAGAUGACGUGGCCUUGCACAACUUCGCCAGAUAUUUCCUUCGACUGUCCCGGGAGGAGACCGAGCACGCGGAGAAGCUGAUGAGGCUGCAGAACCAGCGGGGAGGACAGAUCUGCCUACAGGACAUCAAGAAACCGGACCAGGACGACUGGAAAAGCGGGCUGAAUGCCAUGGAGUGCGCUCUGCUCUUGGAAAAGAAUGUGAACCAGUCGUUGCUGGAAUUGCACACUCUGGCCUCAGACAAAGGUGACCCCCAUUUGUGCGAUUUCCUGGAAACCCACUAUCUGAAUGAGCAGGUGAAGUCUAUCAAACAACUAGGUGACCACGUGCACAACUUGGUUAAGAUGGGAGCCCCGGAUUCUGGCCUGGCAGAGUACCUUUUUGACAGACAUACCCUUGGAAAUGAAAACAAUCAGGACUAACCCAUAGGCUGCCUUCUCCACCGCC